AUGGCUGGCCUAUCUUCUUCGCAUGAAACACUCAUCAUUGUCCUGGCUACAACUAUCCCGUCUGUGCUUCUCAUCGCCUUAGCCGCCGUUGUAUAUCACCGAAUUCGAAGACGUAGAGCUCGGUUUCGCAAAAGGGGAAUCACACCAAUUGACGAUGAGGAGAUUGAAUCUUGGAAGAUUGAUCGGACUCGAAGCGUUGAGGGCGAGGAGAAGCUUCCCGGUACACCGAAAUCAGCCAUUAGUGAGCCAAGACCGGCCCACCAUUCUCACCACGCAAACACAUCUGUUGGUUCUGUAAAGUCAUCUAGUGUCAUUGUCUACCAAAGCCGAGUCUCCGAAGAGCAACUCCCGUUUUCUCCCGCCCGUGCAAAGCAGAGCAUUGAUAUCCCGCCCACGCCAGUCCUUGCACGAGCACCAAACUCUCGGCCAGGCCUCACAGACGAAACAGUCCGAGGUGACAAUGCGUACGUUAAUAUCAAGCGGACUCCCUCGGCGCGCCUGACCAAGAACAAUCCUCCUCGCCACGCGCGGACCAAAAGCACACGUAGCACGCGAAGUAGUUUCGGUGCCAAUACUAGGCGGGAGCAAUGGUACAGCCAGACUCCAGAGCAGAACUCUCCUCGGCAGUCUGCCGACAUAUACUCCAAAUCCGCGCCGGCAUCCCGCAGAGCGACUAUUUCGACUCCUGCCGCUCGGCAGGGCUUUCGGGAUGACGAGGUCCCCUUGACUGGCCUGACACCACGUCCGCCAGUGGUGCACAGUUCUGAUAUUGGGCGUGCUAUAGGAUGA